AUGCAGACAACCGAAAGUGACCAUGUAAUAGUUGAAAUCCCCUAUGAUCAACCGGUGAUCAACUACAACAAUUUAGGGGUGGUCAAGGAGUGGCAACGUUGCCUUACGGGCAUAGGGAUCAGUACCAACUACACACGCCAACGCCAUAUCGAAAAAGUACCACCGUUGCUCUUAGAAGGUGAGAGAGGUCGUAGAAACCGCGAGUACUACGAGCCUGCAGUGGUUUCACUUGGCCCAUACCACUAUAAGUCAAGAAUCCGCUUUGCUCAAGCCGAGGAGUACAAACUCAUAACACUAGAAGAGUAUGGUUUGAGAACCGGGAAACCUAUUGCUUUGUUAUACAACAUGGUCUUUGAGGUGAUACAUGACGCCAGAAAGUGCUAUAUCGAUGGUUCUACAGAUGCUUACAAUGAUGAGGAGUUCAAUCAAAUGAUGCUACGCGAUGCUUGCUUUGUUUUGUUCUUUAUUGAAUGCAUAUCUCAUGCAAACAACAUGUUGUUGUUAAAUAGCGAGUAUUUAGGCGCAAUAGGGUUUGCAAACAUAACGCGUGAUAUUUUCUUGCUGGAGAACCAGAUCCCGUUUGUGGUGCUCGAAGUUUUGUUAAAGUUGAGGUUCCCCGACGAUAAAGGCGAAGAUAUUCUAAACAGAUUCUUUAACUACUUAAACUAUGGCCAAGUGUUCACUAAGGAUGAAAAGGUGCUUGGAAACAAGCAACCCCUUCAUCUUCUGGAGCUUUACAGGUCUUAUUUCAUAUCGCUUCCAACUAAUUCCAGCAAGCAGAGUAAAAAGAAUGUUUCAGAUGUAGAUCAUAAGUACUUAAAACGAAACAGAUGGUUUGCUUCAGCAACAGAACUCAAAUCACAAUGGAUUUUCUUGAGACCGGCAUACGAUGAGAAAAUUGCAUUUCAUUCUCACCGUUGCUAUGGUGUAAUCAAGCUUCCAAGAAGAGCGGUUUCCUCAAAUUCAAAAGUUAUUUACUUGAACAUGAUCGCGCAUGAGAUGUGCACGCAUAACCCAAAUGACUUUCGAGUUUCCACUUAUAUUCGGAUAAUGAAAUCGUUAAUUAUCCAACAUGAAGAUGUGAAGGAGUUGAAAAACAAGCUUAUAUUGUUAAAUUAUGUUGGUUGUGAUGAACAAGUGGUGAAGAUGUACGAUGAGAUUGAUGUCCCGGCGGUUAACUAUUCCAAGUUUUAUCAGUUCUGGCGAGGGAUCGAAAAGCACCACAAUGCCAAGUACAAGACGUGGGCGGGGGAGUUGAUUACCAACUACUUUAGUAGUCCAUGGAAGACGGUUGCUUUGUUGGCGGCUACUGCUAUUCUACUCACUAGUUUUCUACAGACUUACUUUGCAGCCAAGCAACUUCCUGAUCGAUGA